AUGUGCAACAUUCAACAAAUCGUUAGUAGUAGCUUAUAUUCUAAACGAGACUUCUUCAAACGAGAUCUCGUCUCAAGCUUAACUUCGUCCCACAAAUGCCUGCUGCGCCUCUUGCUAUUAUCACGACCUCUUUCUAUUCUGCGAGUCGCACGAGUUUUUCGUCAUUUUUAUAUUCUGAUAUUUAUUUUUUAUAUUUGUUUUUCCUAUUUUCUUUCUUUAUUCUUUAUUCUUGUUAUCCUGUUUUCUUUAUUUAUUUGUUUUCUUUAUUUAUUUUUCUUCUACCUUUUUUUCUUGACUAUUUUCUUUAUAUUUUUUUAUGUUCUUUUAUCAUACUUUUUCUUUUUUCUUUCCAUAGUUUUUCUUAUUUUCCUUCUCGUCUUUUUCUUUCUUUUCCUUUCGUUUUUUUCUUCAUUUCUAUUUUCCUUCUUUGUAUAUUUCUUUUUCUUUUCAUUGCCUCGUUUUUUUUUUCUUUUACUUUUCUUCCUUCAGAUUUUCUGUAUUUUUAAUUUUCUUCGUUUUUUUUUCUUUCUUUAUCUAUUUCGGGAUACAUAUAUUUUCCUUUAUCUCUUUUAUCUAUUUCUUGGUCUUUUCUUUCUUUCGUCAUCUUUUUUCUUUUUCGACUUAUUUUUAUUUUCCUUUUUUUUUUUUUUGUUAUACCUUUCUUCUUUUGUUGUUUUUUUUUCUUUUUGUCUUAUUAUUUUUGUUUAUUCUACGUCCUUUCCUUUUUCCUUUUCUAUUUUUUUUUUUUUUCACGUUUUUCUUUUUUUUUUUUUUGGUUUUUUUCUUUUUUUCUACUAUUUCUUUCUUUCUUCCUUUCUUUCUUCUUUUCUUUCUUUCUUUCCUUGCUUUUUUCCUUCAAUCUCUCCUUCUAUGUUACAUUCAUUUAUUCGUCUAUUCUUUCUUUCUUUUCGAAUCUUUUUUUCAAUUCUUCCCCCUUUCAUACAAUUUUUACCUAUUUUCACAAGUUUCUCUACGAUUUCUUCUUUCUUUCUUUCUUUCUUUCUUUCUUUCGUUUUGAUCCGUUUUUUUUCUUUUCAUCUGUCUCGUUAUUCUUUUCGUCUACACUUUUCUUUCUUAUUAAGUCAUACUCUCCAACUUCUUUCACCCACUCUCUCUCUCUCACUCUCUCUCUCUCUCUCUCUCUCUCUAUUCUAUCUUUCUUGCCUCCCCUCUCUCAGACAUACACAUGAUUUGUUUCUUUUUCUUUCUUUCUUUUCUUUCAAAAAGCGAUUUAUUUUUUUUUAUCUUUCUUUCUUUAUCUAUCUUCCUCCUCUUUUACUUCGUCGUUUAUAUCUUUCUUCAGUUCUUCCUUCCUCCAUUCUUUUGUUAAGUUAUUCAUGUUUUUUUGACUUCAUUCGCUUCGUUCCAUUUCUUUCCCAAAAUUCUUUUCUUCUUUUUCUUCUUUUCUCAUUUAUUUAUUUCCUUCAUUUCACAAUGUGUGCAUCAAAUUUAAUCGCCUUUUCUUUCCUUCUAUGCAUGACUUUGUUGGUUUGA